UGCGAUACGUUCCGCAGCCAUCUUUCUCCCCUCCCGAUCGGAGAUCGCCGCCAGUGGCCGCCGGAUCUUGCUCUUCUUCAUUGUGCUCUCCUUCCAAGAGUAGCAGCAGCCUGGUACUUGUCUCCUUAUGCAGAAUCAUUGCGACUGGUCGAUCUCAACCAAAUCCGUUGGUCAGCUUCCUGUACUCGCGAUCUCGGCAGAAUCCGAACGAAGAUUUGAAUAAUUUUCUUCAAAAGAUGCAGGACGGUGCUGAUAUCCACAAUCUUCCCAUCGACAUCGCUUGCGCUCGUCUUGGAGAAUGGUUGGUGGACCGGAAGAGGAUCCCUCAAGAUUGGAGGAAGCGGCUGAGUUCGAUCAAGUCUCGUAUCUCGUCAGCGCUUUCAUCACUGCCUAGGGAUUUGGAUCCCUUCUUCCAAACCCUAGACCUUGAAGGAUUAGGGUAUCUAGAAGUAAAGCAAGUAUAUAAGAUUCUUCUAAAUUGUACCUCAGAAAAUCGUAAUAUUUUUGGAAGACUGUCAGGUUCUGCUGGAGAAUGGGAGUCAAUUGUGCGCUCUUUUGAGAAGGACCAUAUUUUUCUAGGCGAGGCUGCUCAAAUUAUGGUUCAGAAUGUUAACUAUGAAAUUCCAUAUCUGAAAAGACAAAUGCAAAAAGUUCAACAACAAUUAGUCGAACUAGAUCGCAAGGAAUCUGAUAUUAAGAGAAAUGCUUCUCUAUCUGCUGCUAAAUAUUCUGAAGCUUGUCAAGAGCUUGGGUUACAGGGGGAGAAUGUAAGGGUGGAACUUCUAGAGGCUACCAAGAUUCUUCCUUCUAUCUUCAGUGAAAUUUUGCAAGUUCUUAACAACGAUUCCAUUUUGAAGGCUAUGAAUUAUUAUCAAGAUUUUGUUAGAGAUGUUCAUACAGAGAAAGAGAAAAUUCCUGGUGAUGUGCUUCAAAAUCUUAGGCACCUUCAUGAAAAUCCACCAUCUGUUCAUGUGUUGAUGUCUGCUGAGGUCAAAAAUUCUCUUAGCGGUAUAUUGCAGGCAGAUGUAGGCCAUUUCCAAACUGGAGAACCAAUGGAUGCUGAUCUUUCCAUGGGUGGUAUUGACUGGAAUAUUUCAGUAGAUGAUGCCCAAAUUGACUGGGAUAUUGGGACUGUUGAACAGGUUGAAGAAUCAGAUAAUGGCUUUGGCUCUUACGAACUAGUUGAUUAUAGUGCCGACUAUCAAGAAUCUGAAAAUGGUAAACCUGUGCUAGUUGAUGAAGCAUCAUUAAAAACAGCAGAGGAGGCUGCUGUCCCUGCUGAUUCAGGGUCAGGAAUAUGCUUGGAUGCAGGUCUUAAAAAAUCACAAUUUGCUACACUCGAAGAUUCUGUCGUACCAGAUGCGGGAGUAGAAUCCCAACAAAUUGCAGUAGAGAAAUCACAACCUAGUGAAUUAGAUGAAGAGAGAAGUCCAUUCUUGGAGACAGAAUAUAGGAAUAAGAUACUUGAUGAUCUAUUUGAGGUGAAAUCUUUUCUAAAUCAGCGAUUGGUAGAGAUGACAAGUGAAGAAAGUUCUUCCUUACAGCAACAUGUUCAGGCCGUAGCUCCCACUGUUUUGCAACAAUACUCACUUGAUGCAAUACAACUGAUGAUAACACAGAUAUCGUUGUCCAUCUCAAUGCUUACAGGCCGCAAAAUGCGUGACUUGAUUAUGACACUCAAUUCCAAAAGGUUUCUAGACAAACUGGUGCUUACAUUGGAGGAGAAGAAACAACAAGAAGUUAAGCUGCGAGAAAGUUUGAAUGAUUUAUCAAUAAGACGCGUAGAGUUACAGAACACAUUGUCUUCAUCCUGGCCUAAACUUGAAGCGGCCAUCACGAAAACAAGGGAACUAAAACAGCUUUGUGAGUCGACAUUGUCGGCGAUGUUCGAUGGAAGACCAGUCAACAUAAUUGGAGAGAUCAACACACUCAUAGCUGCCAGUGCUAGCUCAUGACGACAUAUUCACUGCUCGCCACAAUGUCUCCUCCAAGAACCCUAACUGAGGUCUUAUUUUCGCAAAGAUAUGAUAAACCCAACGGAUGAACAUUCAAAAAGGACAGAAAAAUAAUGAGGUGAGAUGGCAAAAAAACUUAAGACUAUGCUACACAAAUGGCACAAUAGAAGAACAUGUCAUAACAUGAUUCAGUUAACAAUCUAUAUUAUUUUGUGUGAUGAGGAGAGAAGAGAAGUGUGAAUUUGAACUCUUUCAACCUAUUGCAUUUUUAUAAUUUAGAACUUCUAUAGAAA